AGGGUGGAUGUUAUGUAAGCACGGACGACCAGCUGAAGUACACUAAACCUCCUAACAAGCCCGCCGAUAGCUGAGUGACGGCAAAUUUUUAAAUUCUCGCACCGCAACGCACCACCGAGAACGCAAAAGACGCCCAAGAUGGCCGAUCAAAUCACCGACCCCGAGGCCCAGAUCCUGGAGCUGCAGAAGCAGAUUGAGCAGCUCAAGCUGCAGGGCCCCCAGAAGAGCCCCUACGAUGUCUACCAGACGUCCCUGACCAGCCGCUACUGCAGCGCCGAGAUGACGGAGCUCUUCAGCCAGCGGUCCAGGCACUCCAUCUGGCGCAGGCUCUGGCUGGGCCUUGCCGAGGCCGAGCACGAGCUGGGCAUCGAUGUCAUUACGCCCCAGGCCCUGGCCGAGAUGAGGGCUCACCUCACCGUGACCGACGAGGACUUUGAGGCGGCCCGUGUCGAGGAGAAGAUUCGACGUCAUCACGUCCACGCCUUUGGCCUCGUUGCCCCGGCUGCUGCUGGUGUCAUUCACUACGGAGCCACUUCGUGCUACGUCACUGACAAUGCCGAGCUCAUCAUGAUGCGUGAUGCCCUCGACAUCUUGAUCAAGAAGCUGUCCAAGGUCAUCGCCAACCUCAGGGCCUUUUCUCUUCAGUGGAAGGCGGAGCCGACUUUGGCCUACACCCAUCUGCAGAGCGCUCAAGCAGCGUCCCAAUGGCUUCAGGACCUGACAUUCGACCUGGAGAACCUUGAGAAUGUUCGCAAGAACCUCAAGUUCCGAGGUGCUCAGGGCACUACUGGCACCCAGGCCUCCUUCUUGGAGAUUUUCGGAGGCGAUCAUGCCAAGUGUGACCAGCUCAACGUCCUGCUCUGCAAGAAGUUUGGCUUCCCCGCAUGCUACGACAUCUCUACCCAGACAUACACUCGCAAGGUUGACCUUGUCGUUGCCCAGGCCGUGGCCGGCAUCGGAGCCACCGCCCACAAGAUUGGUAACGAUAUCAGGUUGCUCAGCAAUUUCAAGGAGGUUGAGGAGCCCAUUGAAGCUCGUCAAAUCGGUUCCUCCGCAAUGGCCUUCAAGCGCAACCCGAUGAGAAGCGAGAGAAUUUGCUCCUUGUCCCGUGCGCUCAUGGCCAAGCCGGCUUCCUUCGCCAACACGCUAUCCACUCAGUGGAUGGAGAGGACGCUUGAUGACUCUGCCAUUCGACGAAUGGAUAUCCCCGAGAUGUUCCUCCUCGCCGAGGCCGUCCUCAUUGGACUGGACAACGUUACCGAUGGUCUCGUUGUCUACCCGGCCCGCAUUCGUAGCAGAUUCCUCGAUGAGUUGCCGUUCAUGGUCACUGAGGCUGUAAGUGUCCACUUCACCGAUAGCGACGACUCUUUGCUGAUAAUCUUUAGGGCACACGAGGAGAUUCGAGUCCUCUCGCGCGAAGCUGCCAGCGUGGUCAAAUUGGAGGGCAAGCCGAACGACCUCAUCGAGCGCAUUCGCAACACCGAGUUCUUCAGGCCCAUCUGGGACGAGCUUGACUCCAUGAUGAAGCCCGAGCUGUACGUCGGCCGCAGCGUCGAGAUUGUCGAGAGAUACUGCGGUGCCGGCGGUCCCGUCGAGAAGGCGCUUGCGCCGUACGCUCAGUACCUCGCUCACUCCACCACUGCGCAGCUCAACGUUUGAGCUGGCCAGUGGC